GGGGGAUGGGAGGCGUGACGCGCCUCCUCGGGAAGAGGGCGAAGCACGUGACUCUCCAGUGGCCUCGGCUCAGCCUAUCAGCGCCGAAGAGCCGCUUCCACGGGUCCCUUUCGCCGACAAGAUGGCGGCCGUAGCAGCCAGUUCCCCUCAGAGCGCCGCGACGCCCUCGCCGCCGCCGCCUCCUGCUCCCGCGGCUGCUUCCCCGCCCGCAGCUGCCUCCACCGCCGCCGCCGCCGUUUCGUCGGCGCCUCCCGCGGCUCCCGCUCCGGUUCCCCUUCAGGCCGCCCCGGCGCCGGCCCCGACUCCGGCCCCUGCCCCGCCGCCGGCUCUGGCGGCGCCUUUCCCCGGCGGCCGCGCGGUCCGGAUCCACCCGGUGGUGCUCGCCUCCAUCGUGGACAGCUUCGAGCGGCGGAACGAGGGGGCCGCCCGGGUCAUCGGGACGCUGCUCGGUAAGGCCAACGACACCCUUCCGUCCCAACCGCCGCUUUUCCUCGUGGCCGGAACUCUGCACAUGCUCAGAAGCCCGCCUUUCGUUCUUUACCUACCUUGCACUCGUCGCUAGGCUGGUAAUAAUCGGCUUGGAGUUUCGCUGGCUUGCUUUUGUUUUAUAACCGACUGGUGUAUAGGUUUUAUGAAGCGGAAGCGAUAAAUUAAUUAACUGGCAUAGUCUUAGUUCGUAGUUAUUUCGUAAAAUGUAUACACCGCUUGGGUGUUAAAACACAAACGUGAAACUCGGAAGUCAGUCAACUGUGUACUCAUUUAACUGUAGCUUUGCCAGUUAAUAACUUUAGGCUUCCUAUGUUUUUAUCCCAUAAAACAUAUACAUCGCUUGGUCGUCAGUCAAACUCAAAAUUAUUGUUAUUUAUUAAAUUUAUAUACUGCCCUAUAUCCAGGGGCCUCAGGGCGGUUCACAGAAUAAAAUCAAGAUGUAAAACCACCUAGUCAUCACCAUACUAAUUAAAAUGUAGCUAUGCUAGUUAAUAUUUUUAUGCUUUUUUUAUGUCAUGAAGUUUAUACAUCAUUUGUAAACAUCAACAACCCAAACCCUCAAAGCAUGUUACAAAAAGAUAAACCAGUGAAAAGCUACCAUGUGUUGAAAACGUACAAGAAGCUAAAAGCAGCUGCUUGGCAGCAUUUAUGCGGUGCUUAGUUUAGACUGCUUUGCAGGGUUACCCACAGGCCAGGGGUUGAAACUGCAUGGAUUGCAGUUUAAAGACAGGGAUGGGGAGCUUUUGGCCUCUCCAGACAUUGGUGGGCUCCAGUUCCCAUCAUUUCUUGUAAGUGGAGGGUCAUAGGGUCCUCCUAUUAAAGUUUUCCAAGCGUAUUUGACAGGCAGAGGCGAAAUUUGAAUCUGGGCUUCAUGCCUUGUAGCUGAGGUCACAUGGCAGCUUUGCUGCUUCGACGCUCCCGUUUUGUAAUGGUGCAUUAUUUAUUGCGUUUUGUUCCUGCUUCCUCUGUCAUUGUUUGGCUGGUGCGCAGGAUCGUUCCUGUGAAGUAGCCUAAAAGGCAGCCCACCUGUGUAUACUGCAGUGGCUGAGCAAGGAAUUUGGAAGCCAGAUCUCCCUGUUCUAUUCACGUCAACUGUAGUGGCUCUCAGAACACUUCACUCACUAUGGUAUCUCAACCAGUUUGUCAGGCAAGUGAGUAUGAUUAUUCCCAUAUUGCAGAUGGGUGUUGAAUUUAUGACUUUAUGGCAGAGAGACAAGGCAAACCAGGAACUUACUGGUUUGUAGGUCAAGCCGCUAGGCUGUGGUACCUCUUGCAUGGUCACAUCUCACCCCUAGGAUGCCCAAAUGUAGUGGAGAACUAAAUGUGCUUUAAAUAACAUCAAGGUUGCAGGUUUGAUCCCCUUAUAAGUCAGCUGCAUAUUCCUGCAUUGCAGGGAGUUGUACUAGAUGACCCCCAGGAUCCCUUCCAACUCUACAAUUCUCUGAAUUUACGUGGAAGAGGGGAUUUUGGAAGAGGAUAGCUUGUCAUAAAAGGCAAGGGAAAGUGCAUCUGUUGCAUUGUACUUUUCUAAAUAGUUUAUUGAAGGAACAGGGAGCUCUUUUUUGCACCAGGUCAAAAUACAGUGGUGCCUCGCAAGACGAAAUUAAUUCAUUCUGUGAGUUUUUUCGUCUUGCGAGUUUUUUCGUCUUGCGAAGCACGGUUUCAAUUUUUUCAAAAAAAUCUUCAAAAAAGGUUACCACACCGCGUGCUAUGAGUUGCUCCCCGAAGUCAAGUCGCAACUGCACCUCUUCAAGCAAUGCACCCUGUAUUACUGUACCGGUUUUAAGAAAAAGGAAACAAAUUUGCAAGAUGUUUCCGUCUUGCAAAGCAAGCCCAUAGGGAAAUUCGUCUCGUGAAGCAACUCAAAAAACGAAAAACUCUUUCGUCUUGCGAGUUUUUCGUCUUGAGAGGCAUUCGUCUUGCAAGGUACAACUGUACUCAGGCCUUAUACUGAAACGUGAUCCCAUGGGCUAGUGUAAAUUAUAGCCACAUUGUUGUACACCACAAUAAAAAGCAUUCUUUAAUAGAUACGGAAAGAAACUGAAGUUGGAGAAGAAAGCUGGGUGAUGUUUCUAAUUCCAGUAUACUUUCUUAGCAAACCUGAAUCUUCUGCUUCUUUUGGUCAGGUUUCUCCUAAGUUCUGUGCCAAGGGUGGGAAACCUUUUGUCAAGGGCUGCAAUCCACAAGCUGUAAGAUGUCAGGGGUUACAUUAUGUUGGAGACUCAGUCGACUUCAUCCUUCCCUCCCUUUCUUCCUUCGAGAGAAAGCAAUAAAAGGGAAAGCACUUUGCAUUUUGAGUACAUCAGAUGCUUUGAUACUCUACAGCAGCAGCACCCCUAAAAAACAAGCCCCCUGCUUCUCCCUCCAGCAUCCUAAAUUUUGGUUUCUUUCUCCCCACAACACUUUGCAAUUCGAAUUACAUCAGACACUCUCCAGCCUAAAGAAGGCAUUUUGCCUAUUCAUCUUGGUUUCCUCCCUCUACCCUCCAGCACUUUUGCCUCUCCCUCUAGCUCCCAACAAAACUGUGGAAAGGGCCAUGGCAAGGAUCUGGCUGAUGCUUUCUCAUGGAAAUAUCUCUCUUAAUUUCACAGGCACAGUUGACAAACAUUCUGGAAUUGCAAGGCUUCAUGAGCUGAGACCAGCCCAGCAGCUGACAAUCGCUCAUCCUUGUCUUAUACCUUAAUUACAAAAUCUCUCCUUGCAUGAUCCUGUGGCUUGGUUAGAAAGGCUUUCUCUUACAGAAACAUGUUGUCCUUAAUUUUGCAGGCACCAUUGACAAGCAUUCAGUAGAAGUCACCAACUGCUUCUCAGUGCCUCACAAUGAGUCAGAAGAUGAGGUGAGUAGCUGCUUCCUCCCCAUGCUGUAUUAUGUCGUGUACUGGCCACUCAGAGCUAAGCCCAGUGUGGUGUUAAAAUAGUUGAUAGCUAGAUUAGAGAAUUCUGGGUUUCAAAAUCCCUGUGACUCUGGUGCAGCAUCAUUUCUUGGAAAUUUGAUAACCUGGUGAUUGUUUGAAAUGAAGGCAGGGAAGCUAUAAGACCAUUUGCAGAGAGCAGGUUUUGUGCAUGCAGAGUUCCAGCUUCAAUCCCCAACAUCUACAGUCACAAGAACUUAGUUAACAAGGCAGGGAAGACUGCUUCAGACCUUGGAGAGUUGCUACCAUUGCAAUAGAUGAGACUCACUGCUACAGAUUCUCUUACUUCCUUUUUUUACUUCUAGGUGGCAGUUGACAUGGAAUUUGCCAAGAAUAUGUAUGAACUGCACAAGAAAGUUUCUCCCAGUGAAAUUAUUCUGGGAUGGUAGGUUGCUAUUCUUCUUGUUACAAAAACAGAACAGCAUUAAUGGGCUUUUAAAAUUGUUGAUGUACAGUGCAAGUUAUGCUGGGGCAAAAGUGUGUUUACUCCUGUGUUGCAUAACUCAUUCCAGAGAAGGUAAAAUUAAUUGUGACUUACCUAAAAAUGGCAGAACUACAGCAAUUUCCUGACUUCUGUUAGUUCUAUGUUAGAGUGUCUUAUCUGAUUUUUUUUUUAAAAAAAGCACUGCUGCCAAGUCCCAACUUGGGAGAAAGGUGGGAUAUAAACAUGUUAAAUAAAUACAUAUUUGUUAAUAUUUUUAUGCCAUCUUUCAAAAUCCAAAGUCCCCCCCCCCCCCCCAUGAUGGCUUACACUCCGCACAAAAACAUUUCAAAAGUCCUUUUUUGUACCCAGCAAGAGACUUCAGUGACUGCAGUAAAUAACUGACUGCCCAUUUAGUUGGAGGAGAGGAACCUCUUGUUCCGUAUAGACCAAUUGGUUAAAUGGCUGGAGUAUCAUGCGGCUACAUUACUUAUGAACGUUGGAUGUGCCAGUCUCCCCAUACCUAUAACAUAUGUUCACUGUGUAAGGGCCUGGUUCAGACAUAAUGACAAACUGUGGGCUGUGAUUAAAGGAACAAGUGUUUUGUGAGCCUCAGAAGCAUAUACCUACCUGCUACUUUUUGUCUCCGCACAACCAAGAGGAUAUUAUAAGCUUAUCUGCUUUCACUUUUAGAUUAACCACAGUUCUCUGUUUUAUCCAGACUCGGAGAACUGUGGCUAGUUCUAACUGUAGUUAGUUUAAACAAAUGACACACAUUUGAUUCUGGUUUAUUUUAACUAAGUGCAGUUUCUAAUUGCACUGGGCUUAUGCUUUCUCCGCAGAGGUACUGGCAAGUGUCUUGCUAUCUUUUUUCCUUGUAUUUAUUUUGUGAUGCAACUGGUUUAUCAACAAAUCAUAGAAUUGUAAAGUUGGAAGAGAUCACAGUGGUAAUCUAGUCCAACCCCCUGCAAUGCAGGAAUCUUUUGCCUCCAAAGCAAGUUAUGAUAUAUAUCUUUAAUGUAAUUCAGAGGGCAGCACAAGAAUGAUUUAUGGAUGUAUCUACAUCUGAAUUAGCGUUGUUUAAUAUAUCUCACUGGCAUAUCACAUCUGCGUCUAAAAGGUCUGUGUUAAAUGAAUGGGCUUCAUUGUGUGCAGGUAUUAAUUAGUCUUAAUUACGUUUUUGAAGGUAUGCAACAGGGCAUGACAUCACAGAACACUCUGUCUUGAUUCACGAAUAUUACAGUCGAGAAGCACACAAUCCAAUUCACCUCACGGUGGACACCAGUCUACAAAAUGGGCGCAUGAGCAUUAAGGCCUAUAUCAGGUAUUUAGAAAACAACCUUCGUGUACUGCACAUGUUCUACUUCCAUCUUUGUUCCUUUUAACUAGAAAUCUGGUGUUUCACAAAAAUGGCCUUUCAAAAACAAGUAAGACAAUAACAUACCAAAAACGAAAAUCUAAAUGCAAUAGAGUAGACCAUCAAAUAAGUAUGACUGUUUAAAAUAAAAAUGUUUUCAAAGCAUAUCUAUAAACAGAAAGACUGAGCCCAGUGGAACUUGCUUGGGAGAAUGUCUCUUAUUUAGUCGCUACCACGGAGAAGGCUCUGUCUGUCUCAUAUACCCAAGGACAUUUAAUUUAUGAGAACAUUCCAGGGAUCCUGACUGUAAGUUUCAAAUUAACAAAGGAUUUGGAGAAUGUUUCAGUGGGCAUUACAGAGGAAGGAGAGAGGAAAAAAAUUGUCAUCCUGCUUUUAAGGAUCCCAAUUGUGUGGAUGGUCCUCCACAUACUAUGUAUGGAGAAGGGAUGGGAUGAGAACAGGUGUUAAUGUUCUCAUUUGUGCUUUUUUUUAUUUCCUACCAUUCUGCAAUUUCCUUGCUUUUUAAUCAGGUAUUUGUCCACCGGAACAUUCAGAAGUACUAUUUGUAUAUUUGCAGUUCUUGCCAAAGUUUGGCUUAUUGUGUUGCCCGAAGCAGGAUUCAUAGUUAAACUCUCCUUUCACUAUCUGUGAGCUGUACUAACCAAGGUUUGUUCUUGGUGUUAGCUGAUGGUUAGUGAAGAGGGAGCUUAACCAUGAUCCUGGGUUCAGAUGACACCCUAAGGCAAACUUGGGCAUAGUCUGGUGUAGUGUGGCAACAAAAAUGACCUGGGAAGAGCCAAGUGGUUGUGAGCUCCUCCAAAACCCCACACAUUGGCACCAUCUCGGUAAGCCAUAGUUUGUCCUACCAUGCCAUAUGAAUCAAGCCAGUGUAACCACCUUCUUGGGUGCUAUAAAGCUUCCUCUGAGCCCUUGGUUGUGCUAAGAAAAUCUAUUUUUCCUCUAGUACUGCAAUGGGAGUCCCUGGUAAGACUAUGGGAGUAAUGUUCACUCCGCUCACAGUGAAAUAUACUUACUACGACACAGAACGGAUAGGUGGUAAGUAUUCUUGUCCUUUUUUGAUACUUUAUAAAUGUCUUUGAGUGAUUAAAGUACAGCGGACACUCAGGUUGCAAACGUGAUCCCUGCGGGAUGCACAUUCAGAACCCGCAGCGUUCGCAACCUGCGUCUGCGCGCGUGAAGGUUGCUAUUCUGCGCUUCUGCGCAUGCGCAAAGCACGAUUUAGCACUUCUGCGCAUGCGCGACCGCCAAAACCCGGAAGUAACCUGUUCUGGUACUUCCAGGUUUCGGCGGUCCGUAACCUGAAAAAAUGCAACCUGAAGCGUCUGUAACCCGAGGUAUGACUGUAGUGUGUGCCUGUCCUCCCAAGUUUCUCUCAUUAUUUGGGGCUGAGACAAGUAGAGGUUGGCUUGACAGUGUUCUGUAGGAUAAAGUAAUAGGGCUGUAAUCUAGGAUGCAGUUAAGAGUGGCCUAACCUGCCACUUAUGCCUGAUGCUGAUCUUCCUAGGGAUAAGGAGUGGGGCUUGUGUGAUCACCCCUUUGCUGCUCCCCGUAUAAGUGAAAUAGUUGCCACUCAUUCCUAUGGGUGAUGCUGACCAUUAGGUUGGAAGACUGGGAUUUUAUUUAAUUAAUCCACAGCAGCCAUCUGGUUUGCCUGGGGCAAGUAGUUAUCAAAUGCACAUAUCUGUUUAUUCCACCGCCAACUUGACCAUAGUUGUGUGUUCCAGUCUAGAGCAUUCAUAGCACUCCUUUGUGUUGCCUCCGCAUAUUAUGGCUGCUGUCUCUGUGUAUGCUCUCUCUACUUCCAUGUAGUGGGGGUGGGGGUGGUUUGCUGUGGGUGAUUUAGAACAAAAGACGGAGGAUUCAGUUACCCAACAUUCUUUUGUAAGACUGGAGCUGAAUGAUGUAGAGUACUAAUAGUUAAGGCUAUAAUAACCAGCUGAUCAACUAAUGCAUUUUCUUGAAUGAACUGACAUUUAUUUAGCUCAUAAUAAAAAUUAAGUUUUAACCAUAUAUAUCCUGCCUUUCUGCCUGUCAGUAGGCCUCCUACUGGCAGCUCACAGUAAAAAAUAAAAAUGAACCUACAAUAAAUGUAAGAUUCUUUUUCAGAAAUAAGGGCUGUGGGAAAGGUAUUAUUUUCCAGUUGCUGCUCUUUCAAAGUUCGGCCAUGGCCAUGUGGGAAAACAGCCUACCACCACCACAUGACUUUGUUCCAGGGGUUGGAGAACCUGUUCUUGGGCAGUAGGAUGGUGCUGGCUUUUCCUGGCAGCAGUGAGAGCACAAUGAUAGCUGUCCGCUGCUCAGUGCUUAGAUACCACUGUGUUUAUGAAUAUUUGGGUCCAGCUGGGUUUUUGGUGGCUGAGAACAGCUGCAAAAAGGCAGUGGGUGCAUUGCUUGAAUCGAGUGGGUAGAGUGAGAGGCCUUAAUCUCCAAUUGAUUGCUUUUUGCCCCUGCAACUUCCUUCCUUCAGCUCAGGUCCUAGAUAAUAUGUUUGCCACAUUGUGAGGGAAAGCAGGUGGGAGGAGGGACUUGCAGGGGAACUUGGCUGACAGGAAGGAAAUUAAGCACUAACAGCAGCGACAGUAGCAACAUGCUUGUGUGCCCAGAGACACUGUUCUGCAUCUAAACAUGUUCAGCUUUUAAAUGCUUUCUCUAAAUUGGAAAAUGCACACUAUUUGGCAAUAUCAACCUUCAGCAAUCUGGAUUUUUAACAAUUGGAUUUCGAUUUCUAAUGAGUGAAAGGCUUUGCCAACAAUGCUUUCAGCUGAAUAACCAUGCAGUGGCCAGGGGGAAGAGAUGAGGCAGUAGCAUCAAAUAGCAGUUGUUGAAUUCCCACUAGAAAGGGUGUGGCAAUGGAUUCAGAAGUCUGCAUAUGAGCAGUGAAGCAUCAUUAUUGCUACGGUACAUGGCUUUAGGUUCAAUUUCUGGAAUUGUCAGUGGCGACAAAUGGUGUUCUAACAGUCAUUCCCACACCCUGUGUUCUCAGUUGAUCUCAUCAUGAAGACUUGCUUCAGUCCAAAUCGAGUGAUCAGUUUAUCCAGUGACCUUCAGCAAGUGGGAGCUGCUUCUGCUCGGAUUCAGGAUACCCUGAGCACGGUGCUGCAGUAUGCUGAAGAUGUGCUGGUGAGGAUAGUGUUGUGGUCUGGCCAGAAACUAAAUGCACCCUUGUUUGUGUGCACCUUUAUUUUGAAUGACUUGUUAACAUUCCCUGUCUUCAUAUCUAGUCUGGUAAGGUGACUGCUGACAACACUGUUGGCCGCUUCCUGAUGGACCUCAUCACCCAGGUUCCGAAGAUUUCGCCAGAGGACUUUGAGACAAUGUUGAACAGCAAUAUCAACGUAAGUCCGUAGAGCUGGCUUGUAAAAGCAUCGCUUGUUUGGAAGCUUCCUCCAUGCAAGCAAUGUGCCACAAUUGGCUAAGAUAUAGAUGUAUAGGUGGGUAAGCUGGUGAUUCCUGUUUGGUUUAGUAGCAUCUCUUGUGUGUACUGACUUGCAAGGCUGCCUUAGAUCUCUGGUGCAGCAACCUUCCUGAACAACCAGAGGGGACUUUGAAUUGGCUGCCUUUUAUGAAGGCUUAUUUCCCUGCAAAUCAAGAACUUGUGUUGUAUUGGAUCAUAUUCUGAAAAGUUGCCCAUUUGGAUAAAAAUAUGGACUCUGACCAGUUCCAAAGUUAGCGUUGGGGUGGGGUUUGUCCAUACACAUGUUGCUUAUAGAAGGAUGGUAGCCAAGUCAGUAUGUUCUAUGUAUAAGCUCUUUCCCACAAGCUCCCUUGAAUGCUCUUGUGUAGUUUUGCAGUCACAGCCUAGGUCUUGACCAGAGCCUCGGUUUACCCAACUGCACACUGCAGUCUUGGACAUGUAAAAUUAUUGGCAGUGGCCAUUGUGUUCAGACUACAUAACUCAAGAUAGUGGUGGUUACCUCUGGUUCAGGUUUCCUGUCUGGAAAAUGGAGGCACGCCAACUGUGCAGCCUUUGUGGACAACGGGUCUGGAACAUUGGCACCUGGCUACCCAGGCCACACGCCUCAUUGUCACUGCUCCAUGCUCUCUUCAAGUCCUUUUGCCCGGUUGGAAUGUGUCCUUAGACUUUGAUAAUUCAUCUUGCUUGUUUGGAUGGAGGUGUUUGUGUAUGAAGAGAUGUCAAAACCUCUGGCUUUUGUGUGGUUGGAAUUAGUCUACCGUACAGAGAGAAGAGUUUCAUUUAUUGCUCUGCCCGCUUUUGCUUCUGGCCACACCAACCAUUGGCAAGCGGCCCCCAGAAGGUUGCUUAUAAGGGAAUGUGGCCCUCGGGCGGAAUAAGGUUUCCCUUCCUAUACCAUAUUGCAGAGAAUGAGAUCAAAAUUAGUAGAGCACCUCUCUUACUGGACUAAAUCCCGUUGGUACGAAGCUUCACGAUAAUGUAACUGUUUGGCAAGGCUUUCAAGCUGUAUUAAACAAUCUGGAACUGGGAGCCUAAGAGGCUCUGCAGUCUCUUGGCACAACCAGGUGGACCCAAGUAUCAAUACGCUCCUGCAAAUUAAGAGAUUGUUAUUUUAUACGACUGUUUUCUGCCUAAUCUUAUUGCAUGCUCCUUUCUUCUUUUCAGGACCUGCUGAUGGUGACUUACUUGGCAAAUCUCACACAGUCACAGAUCGCACUCAAUGAAAAAAUCCUAAACCUGUAAUUAACUCCUAACCAUCUUAUUAGAGGAGAAGGUGAAGAAAACUAUGGAGUUGUAACCUUGUCAUUCAGUUCUUAUAAUUGGACUAUAACUUUUGAAAUGACUGAUAGCUAAACUGUCAAGUUUAUCCUGGCCCCUCUUUCCAACCCUUGAAGAACCGCGCCCCCCAAAAACAGGAUCACAAAGAGGAAGACAAUAAUUAAAAAUAAGCUAGCAACUCCCAAGCUGCUGAGUCUUGCCCAUUCAUGUUUAGAUCUUAAUAACCAACCAAGUAAAAGCCCAUCCUUUUUAAUUCAUUUUUUGACAAAUCUAUUCUUAACAUCAGCACCUGAGGGAAGAGGAAGAACAACCUAAUAAUACAUACCACAAACAUUUCAAAAACAAACUACAUAAAAUAUUGCUGAUCUUUGAAACCUUUCUUCUAAAUAGCCGAAGUUCUUUCAGCACUACCCAAACUCUGCUUGAUCUUCAAAAGUACUUGGGGUGGGGGAAGAAACCAUAAAAUAUAGUGAAGAAUUGUGAGAAUCUAAUGGAGCGGGAGAUAUUGGCUGACUUUUCCUUGGCCUAGAGGCUUCUGCCCCAAGACUCUAAGAGUUCAAUAUUCUUGGAAUCAGGAGUACAGAUUAGAUUCCAGCCAAAUGGCAACAAGAGUUUAUUGGAAGUGGACUUGUUCAGAACAGUGUUGAAUUGAUGCUAAACCAUGGCAAGGAGCCAUUGUUUAAAGUCCCAUUUUUUCUAUAUAAAGCACAUGUGUCAGCAAGGGGGUAUGGCUCCUAAGCAUGUUUUCUGGCUAAACACAUAACAGUGUCUCCUCUGUUACAGGGAGCUAUUCUGCCAAGAGGCAUAUGAUACUUAGUUGUGUAUCUCAUGAUUAACUAUAAUCUCUCUAAAAUGCAUUCCAAACUCUUGUUUCUCUGACACUCACUGUUGCCAAGCUUGUUGAAGCCUUCACUUUCAUCAGGUCUAUACAGCUGUGCUAUUACUCAUACGUAAUAUGAAAAAAUAAUAUUACAACCUUUGGCCCUCCAAAUGUUGCUGCACUACAGUUCCCAUCCAUUCUUCCCACGGUUGCUGGGUUGAUAGUUGUUGGAAUCCCAACAACAUGGAGUGCAUCAGAGUUCCUCACCUUGGGACUACACAAAGCAACCUUUGAAAGCCUCUCUGUAUGCCUCUACUUAUAAUUUAUCACGGAAGGGCACAAUCUGUUGGAACAUAAGCAUUUAGGGCUUUCUAGAUCAAUUUGAUCUUCCUAGAUUAUGCUUUAAAAAACACUUACACAGUUGCUAGCUUAAUCUGUGAUGGGCAAUAGCCAACAGAUUAAUUGGAAAGAGUGGUCCUCGGUUUCUCAUUUUGAGAACCUUUUGGGCAACAAAGUUUUCCUAUUGCUAUCCUGAGAAGUCGAAAAAUAAUAUCCUUUGUGAUUUUAAACCCCAAAUACAAGAGCAACCACACUUCAUCUCCACAUUUGCGGAAAAUAUCCCCGCUGUGAUGUCUUUGUGAGGACUCAUCAGAGAGGGAUUUGAACCUUUUAAUGCACAUAAAAGGGAAGCAACAGCAUUUUCAAAGAUCCUGACUUGGUUAGCCACUAUGUACAUUGCAGACUUGCGCUCAACAGUAGCACUUAUUAUUAUUAUUAACUGCAACCCCAAAAAACAGACAAAUAAAUGCAUGCCUGCCCAAAUUGUGUAUUCUGGUUGCAAAGUUAAGUCAGGGUAGC